ACGGUUCCGGGUUUCCUCACGCCCCGCCCGCACUCUACCACAGCUAUAAGCUCUUGGUCCCUUGAUCGGUCUAUCCUGAGGUAAGCAACCCCAGUCCACCGGUCCCCUCAGGGCCCGCCCGCCGCGCAUCUGCCCUUCUCUUGACUCCGCCCUGCAUCUGUCCGGACCCGCCUCGCGUCUGAGCUGACCCUCUCUACGCGUCUGUGAGUCAGUCCCUCCGGACCUGCCACGAGCUUCAAGCUUCUGAAAUCACCGCGCCUCACUCGCCUCAGCCUCAACAGUGAUUGAGUCUGCUUUUAGCUUGCCUUCGCCUGCCUUGGGUUAUUCUGUUCGUGAGCAGCUGUUUGGCCCAUAGUUUAGAGAAAACAGCCUUUUUUUUUUCUUUCCCAAGAGAGCCUCCUCUCUAUGCUAAGAGAGAUGGGGAGCGGGGAGCCUAAUCCUGCUGGCAAGAAAAAGAAGUACCUCAAGGCCGCCCUGUACGUGGGUGAUUUGGACCCUGAUGUCACUGAGGACAUGCUCUAUAAGAAGUUCAGGCCCGCUGGCCCUCUGCGUUUCACCCGAAUCUGCCGUGACCCAGUGACCCGCAGCCCCCUGGGCUAUGGCUAUGUUAACUUCCGCUUUCCAGCGGAUGCUGAAUGGGCCCUGAACACCAUGAAUUUUGAUUUGAUUAAUGGCAAACCAUUCCGCCUCAUGUGGUCACAGCCAGAUGACCGCUUAAGAAAGUCUGGUGUUGGAAAUAUAUUCAUCAAAAACCUGGAUAAAUCAAUUGACAAUAGGGCCCUGUUCUAUUUGUUUUCAGCUUUUGGGAACAUUCUCUCCUGCAAAGUUGUAUGUGAUGACAAUGGCUCUAAGGGUUAUGCCUAUGUGCAUUUUGACAGCCUGGCCGCUGCCAAUAGGGCCAUCUGGCACAUGAAUGGAGUUCGGCUGAACAAUCGCCAGGUAUACGUUGGUAGAUUCAAAUUCCCAGAAGAGCGUGCAGCUGAAGUCAGAACCAGGGAUAGAGCAACAUUCACUAAUGUUUUUGUUAAAAACUUUGGAGAUGACAUGGAUGACGAAAAACUGAAGGAACUUUUCAGUGAAUAUGGGCCAACUGAGAGUGUAAAGGUAAUAAGAGAUGCCAGUGGGAAAUCUAAAGGCUUUGGGUUUGUAAGGUAUGAGACACACGAGGCUGCCCAAAAGGCUGUGCUAGACCUGCAUGGAAAGUCAAUUGAUGGGAAAGUCCUGUAUGUAGGGCGAGCACAGAAGAAAAUUGAACGCCUAGCUGAGUUAAGGCGGAGAUUUGAACGGCUAAGAUUAAAAGAAAAAAGUCGACCUCCGGGGGUGCCUAUCUAUAUUAAAAACCUGGAUGAGACCAUCGAUGAUGAAAAACUGAAGGAGGAAUUUUCUUCAUUUGGAUCAAUUAGCAGAGCCAAAGUGAUGAUGGAAGUAGGGCAAGGCAAAGGUUUUGGUGUUGUUUGCUUUUCUUCUUUUGAAGAGGCUACCAAAGCAGUGGAUGAGAUGAAUGGUCGAGUAGUGGGCUCCAAGCCCCUGCAUGUCACCCUGGGCCAGGCCAGGCGCAGGUGGUGAGAAUCAGAAUUUCAAUUUGUUUCAGCCUUAGCUGGUGCCUAGUUCAGGCUCCUUUGUGAUAAGGGGUUAUUUUAUGCCAAUUCACAGUUGUUGUUGUUGUUUUUUAAGUGAAUACUUUCUUUUGAAAACAAAGUGAAACUAGAAAGACUUGUUCAUUUUAGUGAACAUAAUUUCUAAUUGUAAAAUUGUCCUUUUAUACAAUUUUUGAUAUAAUAUCCUUAGUGAUAUGUAGAAUAAAAUUUAUUCCACAUUUUUCCUGAACAGCCAAGGUGAGGCAGUUGAUUGAGUAUAUUUCCUUUUUUAAUUCAAUAAUACUUCAUUUAAUUUCUUCCAUAAAAAUGUUCUUGGCAUUGUCCUUACUUUUGAGUCCAUCACAGUGAAAACUUCUAACUUGCUGUUUGAGAAAUCAGCAGAGCAGGGGAAAAUGUUUAUUGGAAAAUGAUCCAAUAAACAUAUACAUAAUUUCACUUAAAUCAUUAUUUAAUAUGAAUAUUCUUUUAGAAAGAUGUGAGAUUUCUCUUUUCUUCCCUUAUUUAUUUGUAUUUUUCCCUUUUAAAUAUAUUGUGACUAUAUUGCAGAAUUGGUAGUGGCUUUAAGUAGUGUUGGGAGUUCUGUAUUAACUUCAUGCCCUGUUUUCACAAUAAGUACCUUUGGAAAUUAACAUUUUAUGUAGUGGCUAUUUAAAUUAUGAUUUGCAUCUUAUAUACCUUUCAAGGAAUAUUUGAUAUUCCAGGACGCUGUAAGGACCACUCUUAUAUUUCUAAAUUCCUUAGUUCAUACAUAGGUAAUGUUAAAUUAAAAAGAUGAAUAACUACACUAAAUUGCCUUUAUCCAUAGAUAAUUUAAUAUUUUAUCUUCAUCUUUUAUCAAGUGUCAAUGUUAAUAUUAAAUAAUGUAUAGAAUUAUGUUGAAAACUACUUUAAAGAUCAUAUAUUAAGCAUAUUAUUAUCCCUUGUAAAUUCUUGAAUGUAUCCAUAUGAUAACAAACACAGAAGUUUCAAAGUUAUGGAACAGGUUGUCUCUUGGUUUCCGUCCAUUGUGAGAACCUUUAACUUGACACAGUUGUGUUUAUGUCUGUGGCUGCUUGGAAAUUCAGAAAAAAUAAUGUUUCUGUUUGAUACUGAUGUUACUUAUGUCAGUCAACUUCUAGAUUGCAAAUUCUCCACAUUUCACUUGCAGUUCCCUCUUCUCGUUGUCUGCCUCCCAUCCAUAUUGCAUUUAUAUCGUUUUCAUUGCCUUUCUUAUGCAUACCAGUUCAAAUCCAUUUGAGAAGGAGAUAAAUACCUAAUUUAUGUAAAAUUUAAAUAACUGAUUUUAUAUAAUCUGAUUCACUUCUACCACAUAUUCAAACACAAGAAAAUGCUUUGUUUAUAUUGUUAUUUGGUUCUUAUUUCAUUAUAUAUAAAUCUUCAUUUUCAUACAUACUACAACAUAAAUAUAUAAUUUUAUUAACACUUGUUAACCUUUUGAACUAUAAAAUAAUGAGAAAAAACUGUUUCGGUUUACCUACAAAUUUAAUGUGAUUUAUGACCAGGUAUUUUCAAAAUAAAAAUCACUGUUUUUUAAUUAUAAACAUAAUAUUUGAUCAUUAUAAAAAUGUACACAGUGCAAAAGAAGGUAGUAAAAUAAUCACAAUUUGGAGAUAACCACUAUUAAUAUUUUUAGUAUGUGCAUAUCUGUCAUAUCUUUUUUCCUAUGUAAGGUCAUGUGUUUUUUACUUAAAACACUUACUACUUAUAUUGUUUUUAAUUAUAAACUGAACCAUAAUCAUAUUUUCAUGGCAAUAAAGAUCAAUUUAUAUUAAUUUAGUGAUUGCAUAGUAUUCCAUUGUGUGGAUAUACUAUAAUGUAUAUAAAAGGUUGCUGUUAAAAAAGGUUUAUAUGUUUUCAAUAUUUUUUUACAUUUAUAAACAAUACCAUGAUGAACAUCUCUUUCUUAAAAACAUUGUGAAUUAUAUGUGUUCAGAGAAAAAAGUAUCUCCAUGAUGUAAAAGAUUAUAUCUGCUAGCAAAUUAAAAUGCACAUCUUAUAUAUAUAUCUAACACAAUUUAGGAAAAACUUUAAUAUAUAAUCUGCACUUAAAUUGACAAGUGGAAAUCUAUAGAACAGGAGACAGUUUUCUCAUAUGUUACGAAUCUAGUUGCUUUACAUUAUUGUGUUCAUUUUGACAUAUCAAAUAAAAUUUUAAAUAGUUACAUUGGUAAUUAUCACAUAUACUCUCUGUUUCUUUAUAUAUAGUACCAGUUUUUAUUUAAACUUAUAAACGUAAAAUAUCAGUGUUAGCUUCCAUGUUUUACAAAUGUUUUGAUUCAAUAUAAAUCUAGAAAGAUGUCUACAAAGUGAAAAUGAUCAAGAAUAAGUAUUUAAUGCAAAUUUUGGGGAUUAUGUAUUUAAAUUAUUUCUAUUUUUCAAAGGUCAGACUGUAUUAACAAAAAACAGGAGAAAUUAAAAUAUGCCAAAGUCCUGGUAAAAUCCUUGUGUUUAUGUCCCUGCCAAACAUUUGAAUAAACUCUGUAAAUUCCCUUGGUGAAAAUCAGAGGGAAAAUAUAAAUGACAUUUAAUCUUCAUAAUUUUUCAAUCUUGUGUGUUUUAUUUUUGCUGAAAUUUCAUAGACUAUAAAUAAUUAUGCCAAGAUUUAAAAAGAAAUUUAUUGUUUAUCUUUUUCUAGUACAUUUAGUAAAACUAUACUGUGAAUGUUUAGGUUAUGAAUGGACUGUAUAAUAUGAGUUUUAUUUUGCUUAUAUUUUUAAAACAGUCACCUGUACAAACUUUAAAUAGCUCCAUAGAGAAGAAAAGUAAGAAUAUUGUGAUUUAAAACCUUCAUCAUCAAGGUUAUUUGGGGGGAGGAUCUUAUGUACAUGAAGUUUCACACAUACUGGUCCUAAUGUAAUAUCCAUGAUUGAGGGGAAAAAAGUGUUAUAUGUGUAAGUGAUAUUUUUAGUACAGUGUAAAAAGGCAAGAAUACAUAUUUCUUUAAGGAGAAACUUGGAAAUGGAAAAAAAUACUAUGUUCCUUGUAAAUAAAUGACAUAAUUUAAGGUCAUUUAUUUUAAUAAGUAAUGAUAAAUAUAUCAAUAAAUGACUGAAGAUAGGUAAUAGAAAUGUUCCCAGUACCUAUAAAAAUACUUGAAAUGUAGUAGGAAUUUCACACAUACUUGUUGAGUGAAUGCAUUCAUAAUGUAAAUUAUAUUCCUCCAGAUGUUAGCUUCCUAAUUUUCAUUUUAAUAUGUAUCAAAGUAAAUGUGUUAUUAUACAAUAUGUGAUAUUAUUAAAUAUCCUAUGAAAAACUAGUUCAGAACUGAUUGGUCACAUAGACUGGUGCUUAUGCAUAAGGUCUUGGCUAUGUGGACUCAUUUAUAUGAUGUUAAUGUUUUACUAAUGCAUUCAUUCUCAUGUUAUUUUUUUGUUUUUCAUUUUUGUCCAAUUCUUGGUCGAUUUGCCUGUCUGAAACACAAAAUUUCUAGUAAUUGUCAUAGCUUAAAUAAAAGUUUAUAUAUGGAGUAACACUUUUUUAAACUUUUUAUUUUUUUAUUUGAACACUUAUUUAAAAUUUAAUGGUAUGCUGCUUCAAGACCAAUAUUAUUCUGCACAAUCUUGCUACUAUGUUGAACAAUAUGACCACAAUUAUCCCUGAAAUACUAGUGUUUGCUCAUCUGUAAUGGAUUCUUAUACAUUUCUGGAUGCUUUUUAUUGACCCUGAAAUGUAACCUAACAAAUGGUUCCUUGGAGCCUCAAGAGGAUUAAUCCAUCCCUAGUGGCUCCAAGGGAUCAUAGUAUUUAUAAAUAAUGUGGCCACCAUUGGAAAUUUGAGGAAACAAAAGCCUAACUAGCUAAAAGUACUAAUACUAAAUAUAUAAUUCUUAUUAAUUUCAAGUACUUUCACCCUCAAAAGGUCACAGUCAAUUUUUAAAUAGCUAUUAGUUGGCACACACAAAAAAAGAGUCUUCUCACUAAAUUUCUCAUCAACAAUUUGGGGUCUUCACAGUUUAUUUCAUUUUUUAAAAAAGGUAUUCAAAGAGUUUUAGGGAAAAUAUAGGAAAAGGGGGAUGUGUGCUGAUAUUGUAUAGUACAACUUUUACAGUCAUCAGAGUCAAUUUUUUCUUUGGUUUAGAAUUAAUCAAUAAGUGAAACACGAGAUGUUGAGACCAUUGAAUUUAAAAUAAGCAUUCUAUACUGUUAAAUAAAUAAUUUUAUAUUGUUUGGGGAUUCAUUUAUAACAUCUAGAAGGGUAAACUAUGUUUUUGAAAGAUCAAGGAGUUUAUAUAUCUAUCUGUGGGGCUAUUUAAAAGAAAUUUUAAGCUAAUUUACACAAACUGUUUUUUUAGGUCGUGUGUCUGAGAAAUUUGGGCAAUCUAAAUACAUGAUAUGAAAAAAAUACAGAGAGUAAAUUGCAUGCUAUUCUUUUCAGUAUUUCAGAAUUCCUAAGCCAUGUCAAUAUGUGGUUUUAUUGCACAAAAAUUUGUUCUUGAAUAAGGGAAUGAAUACCUUACUGUACUCUUUUUGACAGAGGGUGGUUUUAUUACAUUAUGAUGCGGACAUUAACCAAGCAGUGCAAUUUAAGACGAAAUUGUUUCCUAAAGAGAGAAAGAAAAAAAGUAGAAAACAAAAUUUUGUUUGCUUUUUCAUUAUAGAAAUGCAAAUGUGGGAUAUUUGUAAAUCAACUCACCAAUAACUGAGAGAAGGGGUAUAGAAAAAUAGUAAUGUACAUGUUAGAAAUGUAAAUGAAUACUGUAAACCAUUAAAAUUCUGCCUAGUAUGAUAUUGCUUUAAGGUGAAGCAUCACAGUUUGUAUUCAAUUUGUAAUCUUAUCAUUGAUAUGACUACUACAGUGAUAUUAGACCUCAGGAGUAUUUCCAUUGUAAGUGAGUUUUCUUAAAGAAUUAUUGAUGCUAAUCAACACCCCUCUACUUUCUUACCUCCAUUCAAACUGAACCCCACCCUUGCAAAUACUCAAGAUUAUGUAGGGUAUUCCUGGUUUAUGUAAUUUGUCUAAACAUCAAUUCCAAAAUUUAUUUGUAGCUAUUAGAUAUGCAUGUUUGUGACACUGUGCAAAUUUGUUAAGAAAAAAUUUUCAGAAUUUGCAUGUUAAGCCACAGUAGAUGGUGGAAAACUUUUCUACUGUUUCUAUAUGAAUGAAUGUAUUUAACUGAAGAUACACUUUUUCAAAGAAUGUACAUUUCACAAUGAUGCUAAUUAAAGCAACAACAAAGCUA